UGCACCGCGCUCUCGCAUCCUUGUGCGUGCCGCGUGCGACCAUGGAGAAGCCAAGGUCGUUCGGCGCCGCCGGCUGCGGCCUCCUCCUCUCCCUGCUGGUGAUCGGCUUCGCGCGCCCAUGCCACUCCUCCCUCUACCGCCCGCCGCCGCCCGCCAUUGUCUACCACGCCGGCGCGGUGCUCGACGGCGCCGUGCCGGUCUCCGUCCUCUACUACGGCGCUUUCUCGCCGCACCAGAAGGCCGUCGUGGCCGACUUCCUGCUCUCCCUCUCCCCCCGCGGCCUCCAGCACCAGCAGCACCACGGCUUCGGCUCGCCGGGGCCGGCGCCGGCGCCGUCGGUGGCGCGGUGGUGGGAGACCGUGGACCGGUACGUGCGCAAGGCCGGCCGGGACCCGCCGCGGGUGCUCCUGGCCAGCCAGGUGCACGACGAGGCGUGCUCGCUCGGGAAGACGCUGUCCAGGCUCCAGGUCGAGCGGCUGGCGGCGCGGCUCGGCGUGGCGCCCGGGGGCGUGGCCGUCGUGCUCACGGCCGCCGAUGUCACCGUCGAGGGCCAGUGCAGCAGCGCGUGCGGGGCGCACGGGGCCUCCACGCCGGGCGGCGCCGCGCACGUCUGGGUGGGCAACGCCGCCGCGCAGUGCCCGGGGCGGUGCGCCUGGCCGUUCCACCCGGCGGAGGGCUUCGCGUACGGCGCGCGUCACGCGCCCGGGCGCGGCGCCGGCCGCGGUGGCGAGACGAUGGGCGCGCCCAACGGCGACGUCGGCGUGGACGGCAUGCUGGUGAACCUGGCGGCGAUGCUGGCCGGCGCGGUCACCAACCCGUACGGGCACGGGUUCUUCCAGGGGGACCCCGGGGCGCCGGUGGAGGUGGCGGCCGCGUGCCCGGGCGUCUACGGCCGGGGCGCGUACCCGGGGUACCCCGGCGCGGUGAGGCAGGACAAGGUCACCGGCGCGGGGUACAACGUGGUGGGCAGGAACGGCAGGAAGUACCUCGUGCCGGCGCUGGUCGACCCCGACAACUACUCCUGCAUCAUCUUGUCGUAGGCUCCUAAAUCAGCUGGGGCGGCGAAUGGUUGUUGCUGACAGCGCUUGAACGCUGGUAUCCAUAGUGAUCUUCUAAUGCUGCAUGUAAUUUGAGUCUAGGCGAUGGGCGCCAGCUGAUUAUACUAGGAGUCGCUUAUAUUUGCCAUAUAUGCCACAAACAACGAGAGGACUAAAUGACAAUGAAAAAAUCACAUGCGCACUUGCUUCUAUGGAUCAAUGGGAAACGAUUGUCGUGUGUUAAUGGCAGUU